AUGGAGGAGAGAAAGAAGGAAAAUCGCCAUGUAAUAGUGCUGCCAUAUCCAUCGCAAGGCCACCUUAACCCUCUUCUUCAAUUUGCCAAAUGCUUAGCCCAUAAGGGCUUGAAAGUCACCCUAGCCACCACCCAUUACACUGUCGACUCCAUUUGUGCAGCCAACGUCGGGGUCGAACCAAUCUCCGAUGGGUUCGACCAAGGCGGCUAUGCACAAUCCGGGAAUGUGGAGGCCUUCCUCAACUCAUUCAAGGCAAAUGGGUCCAGAACCCUGUCUGAGCUCGUCAAGAAAUUCCAAGACACAAACGAUCCAGUUUGCUGCAUCGUCUACGAUUCUUUUUUUCCUUGGGCACUUGACGUGGCCAAACAACAUGGCAUAUAUGGCGCCGCUUUCUUCACCAACUCUGUUACAGUUUGUUCUAUUUACUGUCAUAUACAUUACGGGCUGAUUAAACUGCCGGUAAAGCUUGAAGACACGCCAUUGUUGCUUCGUGGCCAACGUUCCUUAAAUUUGUGUGACUUGCCAACUUUUCUCACGAGUCCGGAAAGUGACACUGCGUACUUGGCCAUGAAAAGGAAUCAGUUUAGCAAUUUGACCGAGGCGGAUUGCAUAUUUGUAAACAGCUUUGAGGAAUUAGAACGCGAGGAGGCAAAGGGCAUAUCAGAUCUCUGGCCAGCGAAGUUGAUAGGUCCAAUGGUCCCAUCAGCUUACUUAGACGGCAGAAUCAUAGGAGACACCGUAUACGGGUCUAGUCUCUGGAAGCCGCUGAGUGAAGAAUGCAAAGAAUGGGUAGACAAGAAACAGCCUGGAUCUGUCGCGUAUGUCUCAUUCGGAAGCAUGGUGUCAUUGACACAAAAACAGAUGGAGGAGAUAGCAUGGGGCUUAAAAGCCAUUGGCUUUCGUUUCCUCUGGGUUGUCAGAGAAUCUGAACGAGCCAAGUUGCCAGAUGGGUUCAUGGAAUCGACAAAAGAACAGGGUCUAAUAGUGUCGUGGUGCAACCAGCUGGAGAUUCUAGCGCACCCAGCGAUCGGGUGUUUCGUGACGCAUUGUGGGUGGAACUCGACGCUGGAAGGGGUGUGCUUAGGUGUGCCAAUGGUGGGUAUGCCGCAGUGGAGUGACCAGAUAACUAAUGCUAAAUUUGUGGAGGAGAUAUGGGGAGUAGGGGUAUGGGGGAAGGAGGAUGAUGGAGUUGUGAAGAAAGAAGAAGUGAUGAGGUGCUUGAAGGAAGUGAUGGAAGGGGAGAGAAGCGAUGAAAUCAAGAAAAAUGCAGUUAAGUGGAGGGAGUUGGCCAUUAAAGCUGUGAGCCAAGGAGGGAGCUCUGAUAAGUUUAUUAAUGAGUUUCUGCAACUCCUAGAACAGUGA